AUGCCCGACACCAAGAACCAUUCCGGCCACGACGACGGCAGCUCGACUCGCGCCUUCACCGUCGAACAAAAGGCGGCGGUGAUCCGUGUACGGAGAUGCAAGGCCACCGACUUCUACGACAUCCUGGGCCUCGAAUCCGUGCGGACGACGUGCAGCGAUGGGGAGAUCAAGAAGGCAUACCGGAAACUAUCAUUGCUGACGCAUCCGGAUAAGAAUGGAUACAGCGGCGCGGACGAAGCGUUCAAAAUGGUCUCACGCGCGUUCCAGGUCCUCAGCGACUCGGACAAGAAGACGAAGUACGACAAAUUCGGCGGGGACCCCGACAGCCGCUUCUCCUCGGCCUCGACGUCGGGGGCCUCGCCCUUCUCGGGCUUCGCCUCGCAGCGGGCAGGCGGGCAACGGGGACCCAUGUUCGAGGAGGAGAUCAGCCCGGAGGAGCUCUUCCGCCAGUUCUUCGGCGGCGGCGUGGGCGGGCCCUUCGGGGGGCCCUUCGGCGGCAUGGGCGGAGGGCCCGGGUUCGUCUUCAACAUGGGCGGCGGCGGCCCCGGCAUCCGCGUGCAUCAGUUCGGCGGCGGCGCGCCCCGGCGGCGGCCGCACAACCACGAGAACGCCGAGCCCGCGUCCCUCAUCCAGGCCAUGUCCGGCCUCCUCCCGCUGCUGCUGCUCUUCAUCCUCCCGCUGCUGUCCGGGCUCUUCGGCGGGUCCAGCACGUCCUCGGGCCCGACCAUCCGCCUCGACAGAGCCUCGCCCCCGCACACGGAGCUGCACACCAGCCACCGUCUCAGCGUCCCAUACUGGGUCAACCCGACCGAGGUCAAGGAUUUCUCCAACAGCCGUUGGAAGAGCCUGGACAAAUACGCCGAGAACCGGUUCAUCCAGAGCCUGUCGUCGGAGUGCGAAUUCGAGCAGGGCCAGCGCGCGCGACUGGUGCAGGAGGCGCAGGGCUUCUUCUACGUCGACCAGGUCAAGAUGGAGAGGGCGAACAAAUACGAGAUGCCGAAUUGCAAGAAGUUGGAGGGCUACGGGUACCGACUUCCGGGCUACUGA